AUGCCCACUCAAAGUUCUAUAUUAACAACUUCUCAAAGGGCCCUUCAAGCUUAUAGACAUUGUCUAAGAGCCACCAGAGUUGCAUUCGAUGGCGACACAAAAAUGCUGCUAGCUUCAAGAAACCAACUGAAACAAGGUAUGAUAACCCCCCCAGAGAAUCAAAAGGACUUGUCUCCAGAGGGGAGAGUACAAUUAUUGGAAGAUAUUGCAUUGUUUUUAAGACACAACAUUGUUCAAGGACGUAGAGUUAGCACUGAUCCUGUGACUUCCGAACCACAGUACCACUUAAAUAUUCAUAAAGAUACAGAAUUAGGAGACAAUGAUUCUAUUAAGAUGAAGACGAAGCUAAAAUGCCGUUCUUUCCCCAAAUCUAGUACUAGUUGUUGCAGCAGUAGCAGCAAUAGUACUAAAUAA